AUGUGCUAUGAGGAAGAGGAUGACGUGGAAGACAUUGAGGUUCUGGCAGUGGAGAAAAGGCACUCUUCCUCCAAGAAGACAGUUAUGACUAUUAUUCUAAAGCAUUGCACCCCGAUUCACCAGCAUUAUUACUACACCGCCCCUUCCCCAUACAUUGAAAGUGAAGAUGCCCUGCCACAGGAAAAGCUAAAAAAUGAGGUGCCCCAUGUCACAAAACCCGUGAUCCAACCAGAGUCUAAGAGUUCAAGUCCUCAAAAUGCAGAGUCAGAGGAUAGCAAACGUCUAUGCCUCAAUUGUCUGGAACGUCAGCAGAAUAAGGAUCUGCGGUCUAGUUUCCUCACAUUAAGGGACCAUGUACCUGAACUGGUUAAAAAUGAGAAAGCCGCAAAAAUACUCAUCUGGAAUAAAGCCACUGAUUAUAUCCAUUCCCUUCAGGCAGAGGAACACAAGUUAUUGCUAGAAAAGGAAAAAUUGCAAGCCAGACAACAGCAGUUGCUAAUGGAAAUAGAACACAUGGAGACUUGCUAA